AUAGCCCUGGUGGUACAUUUGGUGAUCAUGUGACUGGCACAUAUGUCUGCGCUUGGAUUUCCUCAUCCUCGCUGUGACACCUCAGAAGCACAGCAGCAGCAACACUUGAGAAGAGUCCAACUCGUGCCUGACAGAGAGAGCCCACCCUGAGUGAACUAUGAGGCAGUGCAGCAGGUGACUCUGUAGAACCCCCGGGGUGUAUAGUUAUUAGGCGGCUCUGCUCCCGCCGGUAGGGGCGUGUUUGAAUGUGGAACACAAGGCAGCGCUAUAUGUUAUGUGUGCUUCAGCCAGGAAUCAGAGAUGAGCUGCACCUGAGUCUUAAGUCCCGUCUUCCUCCUCCCCCCCUCCCGGAGCCGCCCCAUGGUUCUCCCUUGGUGUGUACCUGCUGCGCCUUCUCCAGCGUCACAGUUGCUCUCGCUGAAGCCGCACUUAUCUUUAGUGAGCUUCGGAAUCCGUCAGAAUGUGAGCUCCUGGGGAGACGUACAGUACAGCUGCUUUCCUUAAUAGGUCACACCAGUCAGAGCAAAUCUAAUGCUUAAACAAUGAGGUGUAGGAUGGAGCACACGGUACGCAGACUCUGCAGCAGACGUUUUUAUGAAUCACAACAUGUGUCAGAUCGGCAUGGAUCCUUUUUCAAGUUUGGCUUGGCUUGAGAAAAACAAAAGAAGUUGAAAUGUUGGUGCCUCCUUGUGGCCUCCAAGAUCCAAGAGACUAGUUUCCUUGUACCCAGAGCAUGCCAGAGCCGGAUGCAGUGGAGUGGCCUGUGGCCCUGGAGCCGGACAUGGAGGUAGAAGUGUAUGAGCCCAGCUGUUUACUGAUACUGAUCAUAACUGGCAAGAUCAUAAUGAAUAUAUUUAUUUUUGGGGCCAGACGCAGGAAAGUCCACACAAGCUUCCUGGGAUGCUUCUGUGUCUCGUUGGGUGUUUUGGACUUUGCCCUUUUGGUUACCACUUCAGUUAUCCAUUAUUUCCAGGACUUUGCUAUUUGUGGCAUGAGGUUCACUAACUAUCACAUCUGCCUGUUUACUCAGAUCAUAUCCCAUGCGUAUGGCAUUCUGCACUAUCCAGUCCUAUUAACAGCAGGGCUAGAUUAUUACAUUAGUGUUGUUAAAUCCGUUAAUCUCCACAGGUUUUCUCUUGGCUUCCUGCACGUGUUACUUACCCUGCUCCUGUGGAUGGCAGCACUUUCCUUUGCCCUCUAUUCUUCUGUUCCUCCUCCAGCCUCAGGCCCUGGACUGUCCUCAUACCAGUGCACUUUCUAUGUCAGCAGCCAGACUUACUAUUUAUCAGCCGCAGUGGUGUGUACCAUUGUAUUGAUUCUGGGAAUAUGUUGCUUUGAAGUGGUGGCUUUCAUAAAGUCCAUGAAGCUCAUCUCCUUCACCAACAAGACUGUCCUGCUGUUUUCCUGUGGAGACAAGUGGCCUAUCCAAGGAACUAGACGUCUCUUUACAGCUCUUGUGUUCUCAUUUCUGGGCACUUGGGCUCCAUAUGUCCUCCUUCAAAUUAUUCUCCUUAUUUUGUGUGCUCCAAUCCCGGGUUACAUGGACAUGAAUGUGGCUUGGCUUUAUUUUAUGAACAGCUUUCUUGUGGGAAUGGCCUAUGGCCUUGCGUAUCCUCGCAUUGACCUGACCAGAGAGACCUUUUCCAUAGACCCUUUCAUCAGCUGGAAAUAUUGCAUUCUGCCUUUUAUUGACAUGGACUACAAAGUGGAAGAUUAUUUAAAGGAGCAGUUACAUCCAUUUAUGAUCGUUUGAUUCAUUGCGGGUUCCAUACUACAGACUGUCAUACUUAUUCAGUGUAAAGGUGGCCAUAGACGCACCAAUAUCGUACGAAGCAAAUUUUCGUACGUGUAUGACGUGAGACGAGCCGACCGAUAUCAGCAGAAGACUUGGAUAUUGGUGACUCGUCGAUCGGGGUGGCCAGAAAAUUUGCCUUUGAAGGCACCUGAACAUCAGCCAUUGUUAGUGCUGAACACGCGCUACACGUCCGUAUUGAAAUCAAUGAUCUUUCCUGCGACCAGUGGUUACAAGAAUGAUUGUAAUUGUUACAUCUACGGCCAUCUUUAAACAGGAAAACUACUCUCAGGUUCUUUUUUUUACUAGAUGUUCAUAAAUAUGGUGUCUGUACUCCAAUGUCUAUUGCUAUUGUCAUACAGAGGAUACUUUCUUCUGCUAUUUACAUUUUUUAAAGGAGAAAUAAAGGCUUGGUAAAAAAAACAAACCAAGGUAAAUUAACUCAAGGUAUCCCCUUUGCAGCACUUUUGCUGUUUUGUUUCCUCCAACACCUGCUACAAGUCAAGGAUACCACACCAUUUUUCUUUUUUUCCCCAAAAUGUUAUUGUGUUACCAUUUAAUUAAAAAAAAACUGUUAGAAAGGCAUUACAGGGUAUCAUGUAUUGUUUACAUGUGUGUCAUGUGCUAUCUUUGUUGAUCCUUGUCAGCAGAUGGGGUCUUCCAGAUAAUGGAUCUUUCUGUAAUUUGGAUCUUCAUACCUUAAGUCAUGUAAACAUUAAAUAAACCCAAUAUUUAAAUGGGAUUAAUUAUAUCUUAGUUUGGAUCAAGUACAAGGUACUGUUUUAUUACUACAAAGAAAAAGCGAAUCAAUUUUAAAAAUCUGGAUUAUUUGAUGAUAAGUCUACGGGAGCCAGCCUUUCCGUAAUUUGGAGCUUUCUGGAUAAUGGGUUUCUGGAUAAAGGAUCUCAUACCUGUAUAUUCCACAGAAUUAAGAGGGUUGGGUGGUAUUGAGGUUGGCAUUGCACGGCAUUCUGCACCCAUAUCUUAUGGCCUGGCUCUGACCACCUGUAGUGGUAAAACCUGCCUAUUAUAGUUUAUUACAGCAUGGGAAGCCAAUAUUAGAUCCCAUAGAUGACAAAUCCCUGAUCUCUAAAAUAAGAUAAUUCAAUUAAUGAUUCAAUUAAUAGUGAUUAACUCCUGGUUUGCCUUCAAUUGUUGUUGGCGCUGUGGGUUUAACCUAGAAUAAAAUAAUACAUUUUCUUUACAAUUGAACAAUACACCUUGGGUGGCUGUAGAGUCUGAGUAUUUAUUUAUUUUAAGAGUUAAUCUUUUUCUUUCAAAUAAAAAAAAAAAGGUUAAAAAA